AUGUCUCAGUUGACAGCAGAAUUAGAUAUAAAUAUAGAUUUCUCGGUGUCUCAGGUAAAAUCGGAAUGCCAAGAAUCCGGGGCGAUAAGCGAUAGUGGUUCCCAUGGCGACAACGUCAAUCUUGACAUCUUCAACAUACAUGGGAUGAGUUCUGGGACCAUGGCGUCGCCGUUUAAGCUACCUGGCUCACCAGUAGCUGCACCCCUGAGGAAGGGGUUGUUCACUAAUGGAAUAUGGUGUUGCAACUGCCCAGACCGCCCACCAGCAGCUCGUCGCCAGACCAAAAAAGAGGGGCCAAAUAUAGGGAAGUGGUUUUGGACAUGCGCGCAACCGAUGCAUCUGCGGUGCAGCUUCUUUCUCUGGGAAGCUGACGCCACAAUCCGCGAGCAAGCAGCGGUUCUUGCAAACUCUCGGUCAGAGCUCGAUCCUCUCUCACUCACCCCAACGAAACCAAAGACCCCGGGAAGAUCGAACAACGGUCUGCUCACACCUCAGACUGAGCGUCGAUUUUACGAUACUCCCUCGCCCAAGUUUAAGCCGCCGCCGCAAUCAGCCAAAGCCAGAAUGAUAUCAGAAGCCUCAGAGGAUUUUGGUUGGAAUGACGACCUGGAUGAUGAUGAGGAGCUGGUGAAAACGUUUUGCUCUAACAAUACUACCGAGAGCUUCAUAUCGCAACCCAACUACCACACCGAGCCUGCAGUGAAGACUCCUCGCACUGCUAGAGUGACUUCACCUGGCAAGCGCAAGCUGUUUCAAGCUCAGAAUGACGGCUCUCCGGAUCACCAAUCGACAUUUGCCACCCCACUGUCGUCCGUAUCUUCUCGAACGGCUACAUUUCCCUCCUCCGCGGAACUAUGUUCGACACCCACCCCCAGCAAGUACAGCGAUGUACUUUCUGCAGAGUCAACGUUCGACACCUCGGAUCUAGCGAAAAGUCUCAUUGGAAUACUGGAAAAUCAUGAGGUCGUCCUGCCGAACAAAGCACGCGAUGAGGCGGUCUCGCUACUGAACCGACAUGACUUGAGAACGCAGGGUAUCGUCCGUGGCCGUGACAUGACUCGUUUGGCUUUGAGGAAGAAAGACAACGAGAUUGCAAAUUUAAAAGAGCGUGUUGCCAACUUGGAAGCACAGAGGCAACUGGACCAGACACUUAUUGACGGAAUGAAAGCGUCGGGAUCAAAUGAGCGAACGAACCGACGAUGA